CAUUCAGAUGUCACCAUAAUACAUUGGCUGAAAAAAGUCACAGUAAAACACCUCAUGAGAAACACACUAAGUGCCCUGCAUCAAUGUUAAUUACUUUGAAAAACAAUGAAAUGAAAUGUAGCCAAGAUAUUUACCUUAAAACACAUCCAAUGGAAAUUCUUUUGAAAAGCACUCAUAACCAUCCUGUUGAGGCUGCUGCUGGUGACGUUCUAAGGCACAGAAGACCUUGUCUAGGAACAGUGCAGAAGUUCACUGAUAUGUUCAAGAAUACAUGCUCCCGAAUAACACCAGCUUAUGCCAUGGAGAGAAACUUGGAAGAUUUAGAAAUGUCAGAUCAAGACUUAAUAAAGAUAGGUGAUGGUGCAUUUGUUCCAGAAAGACCAUGGGUGUACAAGUUAUACAAGAAAAUAAUGAAAGAACAGUGUGGUGAACCGUAUGGACCUGGAAUGAUUUCAGCUCUUGAAAAAUAUGUAGAAAAUUACAAUUCUGAAUGUGGGGAAGUUUGUGCUAAAUUUGGUUCAAGUGCAGAUGGUAAUGACCAUUACAUAGCUGUAUGCACUCCUAUGAUGAAGCGGAUCCAUACCCAUUACAAAGGAUCGGGGGAAGUCAUGUUCAUUGACUCCAGUGGGUGUAUGGACAAUAACAAUGCUAGAGUUUUUGUUAUACUCACACCUAGUGUAGUAUGUGGACUUCCCUUAGGCUUACUUAUAACUUCCUCUGAAAAGGAACCAGUGGUUUUGGCUGCAUUGCAGUUGUGGAAAGAAGUAUUGCCUGAAAACGCAUUCUAUGGAAGGGGCUCCUUAGGACCCAAAAUUAUUAUCAGUGAUGCCUCUACUAGUGAGCGUAACAGUGUAAGUGACUGUUGGCCAAUGGCAGUACUGCUACUUUGUCUGUUCCAUGUUCUUCAGGCAAUGUGGAGGUAUAUCUGGGACAGUCAUAACGGAGUGGAGUUCAAGGACAAAGCCUAUGUUUACUACUUGUUUCGGGAAAUUGUGUAUGCCCCAACAGUUGAAGAGUUUAAUAAUGCAUAUGAAGAGGCAAUGCAAGAUCAGCGACUGCUUCUAUACCCUAUUGUCUGGAAACACUUUGACGAUUAUAAGAAGAAAGCAAAAGAAUGGGCACUUUGUUAUAGGGUAGAUCUCCUUACAAGAGGACAUCACACAAACAACUUCUGUGAAGCCUGCAUGCGUAUCAUCAAAGAUACAAUUCUACAACGAGCAAGAGCAUACAAUACUGUGCAGCUGUUGGACCUUCUACUGACUAAACUUGAAAAGCACUUCAAGAGGAAAUUAGCUUUUGUUGUAAGCAAUAGAAUUCGUGCCAGCCGGUCAUACAAGUACCGAAUUAAGGCUGAGAAGCUAAAACCACUUGUGGCUGAGAGACUAUUUUCCUCUGAAAAUUUGUUUCGAGUUGAAAACACACAAAAGAAGACUGAGUAUGUUGUGGAUUCGCAACUGAAUAUUUGCUCGUGCCCUAUUGGUAUGUGUGGAGCACCAUGCAAACAUCAAAUGAUGGUAGCAAAGAAAUUCAAGAUUUCUAAUCAGCAAUUUCUGCCUACCUCUGAUCCGGCAUUCCGAAUGAUCCUAUUUUUUAUCAUGACUGGUCACACUAACAUACCUGAUGGCUUUUUGAAAACUUUGAAGGGUGACAACGUAAGUGUUGACCUGAACAUCAAUCCAGACUACAACAAUAACACUCCAACAAAUGAAAACGAAAAUGAAGAUCAGAUUGACAUUCCACUGGAAUCAUCGGAUGAGCAGCCACCUGACCUUGAUUGCGUCAAGGAGGAAAUUCGGAAUGUGGCAGAGGAUUUGUGUGACAGAUUGACAAACAGCCUGUACUUGUCAGAGCCAUGUCAGAAAUUUGUAAAGAAUUAUUGGACCAUUGUCAAGAGAGGUAACUUUGAAUCCACCCUUGCUUCUGCCUUGGCAACAUUUUCGAAGGACCAAGCCUUGUAUGCUCCAACAUGUCGGCGGAUUAAUAUUAAUGUGCAACCAACUGCUCCACCCAGACGGUCAAAGUGUAACCAGGGAGGUAAACAUGCCCAAGCAGGGGGAAGACCGAACAUGGCUGUGGUUGCAGAAACAAUAGCUGUCAACCCAAGAGGUGACCAUGGCUAUGCCCCACCAUCUAAAGUCAAGCGCAAUACUCAAGUAGAGCCAUCAUGGUCUGUCCCACCUGUCAAGAAGCCAAAAGUACGUCAUUCACUAGAUUCAUGUGUUGGUGCUAGUGUUCGUCUCCCAAAAUAGUAAUUUGGGAAAUCUGGUCGUUCUCCCAAAAUAUAUUUUAUUCUUGUCAUAUUUUGUGAUAGAGAUAUAAGUAUUUGCCAUGUGUUUGUUAUUGAGUUAGAAUUAAUCUUAAUUACUUGUCAUAUUCUUGUCAUGUUUAUGUGGUUACUAAGAUUUUAAAUAGUUAUGGAGUAUGUAAUUUUGUUUAUCUAAUCUUUAUUUAUGUGUGUUAUCUGUAGGUACUUAUAUUGAAUUUUUUAAAAGUAUUCUUAUAUCAUUUAUGAUAUCAUUUGUUAUACUCUAAGAAUUGAAUAUGUGAGACAUGGCUUAUAUAAAAAAUAAUAAAUGUUCAAAUAAUUCCAUUAUUGUGGCAUAUGAUUUAUUUUAAAAUGAAGAAACAGAAAUCUAGACAGGGCUAAAUCAAUCAAGGCUGGCUGGCAGACAUCUUCAUUCUCUUGUUUUUGGUCAGAGAAAGACUUUUCCUUUUCUACAACAGAAAAAGUUGUGGCAAUGAACUAAAAACUUAAUUUUGAAAGGAAACAAUGUGAUAGAAACAACAAGAGUACUUACGACGAUGGUCUUAUUAGUUGGUGAGAAAGGAGAUGUGAAGCGUAGUGCAGAGGGCAUCCUUACUGCACCUUCAAAUACAGCUAAUGAACCAUCAUUGUUUUCAUGUUUUACUGCAGACUCAUGGCUUUGACAGACAGGAAUA